GCAUGAAAAUCGCAAGCAGAAGGCAAGUGCUUGCCAGUUAAAUCUGUUCAUCGGGAUUCUUUUUGAUAUAGUGACAGUGCCUCGUUCAUAUUCUUCUACGGAUUAAAUUCAUUUUCCGCACAUAUAAAUUUAAUCCUCCCAUUGACCACUUAAAUCAUUGACAUAAGUACACAUAAGUAGGUUAUGGCUGCUCGAAACGUUUGUUCACGAAACAUUCAAGCAGGCCGUGUGUUGUUUAAUGAUUUUUGCUUUGCUAGCAAGGCAAACUCUGUAACGAUGUCAAUAGUCGAGUCGGAAUUCCCUACAUGGGCUCUUUUACCUAAGAAAGAAACAGGUGUUACCUCUUUCCUUAGCAAGUACCCUGAAUACGAUGGUAGAGGAAUCACCAUUGCUGUACUGGACUCGGGAAUUGACCCCGGUGCACCUGGUCUGCAGGUGACAACCACUGGCGAGAGGAAAUUAGUGGAAGUUUACGAUUGCAGCGGAGCAGGUGAUGUUGAUAUAUCUACCAUUGUUAAAGCUAAGGAUGGAGAAAUUACUGGCAUAACAGGGAGGAAAUUAAAAGUACCUUCAACCUGGAAGAAUCCCUCAGGAGAUUAUCACAUUGGAGUGAAAAAUGCCUAUGAACUUUACACUUUUAUGGUCAAAGAACGUGUUGAUAGUGAAAAGAAAGAGAAAUUAUGGGAUCCUUCUCACAAAGCAGCUAUUGCUGAGGUCACACGAAAAUUAAGGGAGUUUGAGAAGGAGCACCCAGAAUCCACUCUGAAAGGUCUGGACAAGUUAAAACAAGAGGAUUUGGAGGCUCAGUUAGAGUUAUUAACUGAAAUGGACAAGGUUGACAAGAAGAACAAUGGUCACAGCCAGGGCCCUACAUUUGACUGUGUUGUCUUCAAUGAUGGCGAGAUUUGGAGAGCUUGCAUUGAUACCUCUGGAGUAGGUGACCUUGCCUCUUGCAAACUAAUUGGGGAAUACAGCAAGACAUAUGAAUAUGUCACACUGUCAGCAUCGGACCAGUUAAAUAUUGCUAUCAAUGUUUGGGAUGAUGGAAAAAUUCUUGAGAUUGUGAGCAUGUGCUCAAGUCACGGUACUCAUGUGGCAGCCAUUGCAUCAGCUAAUUUCCCGGACGAACCGGAGAGGAAUGGAGUAGCUCCUGGUGCACAAGUCAUAUCAUUGUGCAUUGGUGACUUGCGCCUUUCAUCUAUGGAGACAGGCACUGCUAUUACUAGAGCGAUGAUUCGAGUGAUGCAAAACAAAAACCGCAAAGUGCAUGUCAUGAACAUGAGCUAUGGAGAACAUCCACACUAUUCAGUUUCAGGACGAGUGAUUGAUAUGAUGUCCGAGCUCAUUGAUAAGUAUGGGCCUGUGUGGAUCUGCUCAGCUGGAAAUGAGGGCCCUGCUUUGACCACUAUCAGCACUCCUCCAAAUGUCAAUUCUAAUGCUUUGAUUGGAGUUGGUGCCUAUGUUUCUCCGGAGAUGAUGGUUGCUGAAUACUCUCUCCGCUCAAAGUUACCUGGAACAUCAACCACUUGGACUUCCAGGGGGCCCUGCCCUACUGGAGAGCCUGGUGUGAAUGUAUGUGCACCUGGUGCUGCUAUUACAUCUGUCCCACAAUUUUUGUUGCGCAAUAGCAUGCUAAUGAAUGGAACUAGCAUGGCAUCCCCACAUGUCUGUGGUGUGGUCGCUGUGCUCCUCUCUGGAAUGGUGCAGCGAAAUUUGCCUUACACUCCAUACUCUGUGAAGCGUGCGCUUGAAAAUACAGCUCAGUUCUUAGUGAACCAAGAUAAAUAUGGACAAGGUGAAGGUUUGGUGAAUGUAGAAAAAGCUUUUGAACAUUUGGUGGCUUACCACAAUCAGCCAGAAAGGAAUAUUCGUUUCCAAUUGACAUGUGGUAAUCAGGGAAUGAGGGGCAUUUAUCUUCGUGAUUCGUUUAGAAGCAAGCCUGAAGAUAUUGUUGUAAGAGUAGACCCCAUUUUCUUCAAUGGAUCUAACAUUGAGUCUCACCCUGAGAAGACCAAUUUCGAUAUGAACAUUGUCUUGACCUGUGAUCAACCAUGGGUGUCUCAUCCAUCUCAUCUUAACUGCACAAACAUGCCGCGCACAAUCUCUAUCCGCAUAGAUCCUACCAGCCUGUCUACUGGAGUGCAUACAGCCAGUGUGAGAGCCUAUGAUUCAACCUGUAUCGAGAAGGGACCAGUAUUCAGGAUCCCCAUCACCUUGGUGCAGCCUUUUGUGUUCCCAGCAGAGCAGGAAAAGAAAGAGCUGUCAUACUCUAAUGUAUUAUUCAAACCCUCACAAAUGAACCGCCAUUUUAUCAUGGUGCCUGAGAAUGCUACUUGGGCAGUUAUUCGGUUACUGACUCCUGAGAAAAGCAACAUUAGGUUGCAUACUCUUCAGCUGAGACCAAGGAAAACUACGAAGACAAAUCAGUAUCUUAAGUCUAUUCAGAUGAUUCCCAAUCUUGAAUCAGUGCAUAGCUUUGCUGUGAGGGGCGGUAUCAUCAUGGAAGUGGUUGUUGCCAAAUUUUGGACUGACCUCACUGAGUCAACUCUUAGUUAUUCUAUCUCAUUCCACGGCAUUAAGCCGGAGAAACCAGAUAUUGUUAUGCAAGCAUCUGAAGGAUUUCACCGAGUUGACUUGUACGGUGGCCCAAGCUCUGAAGAGUUGGCACCAAGUGCUAGUCUCAAAAAUGUUGUCAGUGCGUGCAAGCCUUCAGAUUCGAAGAUUGUUGUGUUAUGCCCCGUUCGUGAUGUGAUCCCUGAUGGUCGCCAGAUUUAUGAACUUCAGCUCACCUAUAACUUCAACAUCCGUAAUGAAACGGAGGUUUCACCUAUCUGCCCAUACUUUACCCAUUUGUUGUAUGAAUCAGAAUUUGAAAGCCAGUUGUGGAUGCUAUUUUCCUCUACCAAAAAAUAUAUUACUAGUGGAGAUGCCUAUGCUGACUUAACCUCAACCAAAUUGGAGAAAGGGGAAUACACCCUUCGUAUGCACAUUCGACAUGAACGCAAGGACCUUCUAGAAAAGCUUACUGAAAAGCCUAUACUGAUCUCACAAAAGCUCACUUCAGCUCUAACCCUAGAUGUGUUUGGAUCAGAAAAGGCUGCCCUUACUGGUGGACGCCAACUUUCUGGCCAAGUCUUGCAUAAAAAUCAGAUACAGCCUGUAUACAUUGCUCCCAUAACAAAUGACAAGAAGGACAGAAUUGCUAAAGCUGCCGUAUUGGGCCAGUACUUGACUGGUUCAAUUACUUUUGCUAAGGAUGAACUUGGAAAGAAGGCCUGCAGUUAUGGCAUCCGCUACAUUCUUCCGGAGCCAUCCAAGAACACGACUAAGAACGCUGCCUCUCAGGCAGAAAGUAGUCCCAAGGAACCACCUAAAGAUAAUGCUCCCAACUCCAGCACAACUAGUGUUGUUUCAAACGGGACCAGUGAGGCCACCACAAAUUCACCUACUUCUUGCAAAGAUAAAGACACCAAGGAGAAACCCAAGGAGAAACUAGAAGAUUACAAUGAAGCCUUACUUGAUUUCAAAAUCAGUCAUCUUGAAAAGCUCGAGCGAGGUGAGCAUGCUGAUGCCUUGUACGAUGAACUCCGGGCUGCUCAUCCUGAUAAGUUAUCUAUCCCCCUGGCUAUGCUGAAAAACUUCAAGACUGCAUGGGAUAAGGCUUCGUAUCCCGUUGUGGGGGAGCUGACGCCACCUGUUGGAGAUCCCGCCUUCCUCACUCGCAUCUUAAGUGUGGUCAAUGCCAUCUUCGACCAGAUUGAUCAGAAUGCUCUUCUUGCUCACUAUGGCAUGAAAGCAGAUCUGAGUCCAGAUGCAGCCAAAGUGAAGACUCAAAUGGACCGACAAAGGAAUACACUAAUUGAGGCUUUGACAGCCAAGGGUAUUGUUCUGUGCAGUCAGUAUUUGCUUAAGACAACAGAUUCGGACAAAACAGUGAGUCUGGAUGACAUUGACGCCUUGCGUCGAGAGCUUUUCAAAUUUGUUGAUCAGAAGGACUCAAAUAUUCAAAUCUUUUUGAUGUGGCAUGCUGCUCUUCAUGGUCACCUAGGACGUCUUCUGAAGAUGAUUGUAACUGGUUUGGGUGAGAAGCAGUCAAAGGCUUUGGAGCGGGCUUAUGUUGCUGCAGUACGUGCCAGUGGAUGGGACCAUUGGGCUAGACACAUUGAAGAAAGUGCUAAUGUACGUUACCCUCCUGCCUAUAGGUUGUUUUAAGAGGUAUCUUGUGAUGUUCACUUGUUGCCAAUCUAUUACCUGAAAAAGCUGCCUGUGAACUUAUAUAUUUGUGUAACUUUAAAUUUAGCUGAUGUUAUCUUCAUAGUUAAGAGUCUAAUGUGUCAAGAGUUUUAAUGUGGUGCUCACAUUAUUUAUUAUACUUUCUAGUUUAAAUCUGAUUUAUUUAUAUUUAUGAAGAUUGAAGAGUCUUACAGCCCUAUACGUAUUGUAAGGUGGAAUGACAUUAACUUCAAAAAUAAUCAUGUUGAAAUUUUAUUUAAAAUGCUAUUCUCUUUAGAAUGUUACCAAAGAGUUGUGAGAAUGCUCUUGAUUUUUCUCUCAGAUUGCAUCCUGAAGUGAUAAUAUGGACAGCUGAAUUGGAUGCUUAAAAACUUUCUGCAGUAGUGUUGUUUGGGACCAACAAACUACUCCUACUGAUUGAUACUGAUGAAUUUAAACUCAACCACAUAGCAUUUAACAUAAAAUAUUACAGGUCACGUUAAAGUCCAAUUUUUACAUCUGCUUUGCAUUUUCUUUUAAUAUUUUUCUUUUGGGGAAGAUAGAACACUUUUUGUUCUGAACUGUCCGUACAAUUUUACCUGAAUUUAUUACUGAGACUGUAAAAGCACUGAAUAGUUCAGUAUUUAAGUAUUGUUAUCAAAAUUCAAUUACAUAUGACUAAUGAAUGGAAGGGAAAACAUGGUGCUGAAUACCUUCCUUAUUUUCUCAUUUUACUUAUCCUACUUUGCACUUUAAUUCAUCUUUAAGAAGUAGCUGUUUCUAGUGGGAACAAACACAAAGGCUUGCUUUCUACUUUUUGUAAAGCUAUUUUAAGAUUUGUCCAGUUUCUCAUUGUUAGAUUCCUACUGUAAAAAAAUCCCCUAGAUGAAUUAUAUUAAAUGGAAUUUGUAUUCUAUAAGGACUGUAUUUACUGUACUGCGUAAAAGACACCUGAUUCAUAUCAGAUGUCAGUAUGUUUUUCAUCCUAGAAAUCUAGAAUUUCAUAUCCAUUUGCACAACUGACUGAGAAUAUGUGCUUAUCAUUCAUUUCUCCUCAGAUUGUAAAUUCAUGAUUACUAAAUGUAAACAAGCAGACUGGUUUGUAUCAUGACUGUAUUUUUUCCUAAUCAAUUAAAUUGGAAUUUUAUGAUGUAAAGUUUAUUA